AAUUUUGUUAAGAAAAUUAUAACUAAAUCAAGUGAAAAAAACAAAAGAGGAUUAAAAAAAAAGAAAAAAGGAAAGUGAAGAAUAUUUUAUAAAUUUAAAAUGAAAAGAAUAUUUUAGAAAUUUUCGUUCAUUUUUCUCCCUCACUCCGUCGCCCCAAUCAAUGUCACAAGGACACAUCGGCGUCUGUCACCGCUCCCUCCGCCCUUCCUACUUAAUUGGGAUCACGAUCACGAUCACGAUCAGGAGCCAAGUGAAUACGUUGGGUUGAAGUCGAAGUGUGAAGCGGCAAAGAAAUGAAGGCGGGGGGCGCCGCGAAGCUGAUAGUGGAUGCGCUGCUGCAACGCUUCCUUCCUCUUGCAAGGCGACGCAUCGAAACUGCCCAAGCACAGGAUGGACAGUACCUUAGACCAUCAGACCCAGCCUAUGAGCAGGUACUGGAUUCCUUGGCUAUGGUGGCACGACACACGCCUGUACCUCUACUGGAAGCUCUUCUUAGAUGGAGAGAGAGUGAGUCCCCAAAGGGUGCAAAUGACGCAUCUACCUUCCAGAGAAAGCUUGCUGUGGAGUGCAUUUUUUGCUCAGCAUGUAUUCGCUUUGUGGAGUGCUGCCCACAAGAGGGACUUACAGAGAAGCUUUGGAUUGGGCUUGAGAAUUUUGUCUUUGAUUGGCUAAUCAAUGCUGACAGGGUUGUUAGCCAACUUGACUAUCCCUCAUUGGUUGAUUUGCGGAGCCUCCUUCUGGACCUUGUUGCACAACUCCUUGGAGCUUUAUCUAGGAUUAGGUUUAGUUCUGUGACUGAGCGCUUUUUUAUGGAACUCAAUACUCGUCGGAUUGAUACUAGUGUAGCACGAAGUGAAACACUUAGUAUCAUUAAUGGGAUGCGUUACCUGAAGCUAGGGGUUAAGACUGAGGGUGGACUGAAUGCAUCGGCCUCCUUUGUGGCAAAAGCGAAUCCUCUUAAUCGUGCUCCCCAUAAACGAAAAAGUGAACUUCACCAUGCUCUAUGCAAUAUGCUUUCAAACAUUCUAGCACCGCUUGCAGAUGGUGGAAAGGGCCAGUGGCCUCCUUCUGGAGUAGAACCAGCACUUAUCCUGUGGUAUGAAGCUGUUGCACGAAUAAGAGGGCAGCUCAUGCAUUGGAUGGACAAACAGAGCAAACAUAUAGCUGUUGGUUACCCGUUGGUCACUCUUCUUCUGUGUCUUGGGGAUCCUAAUGUUUUCCUCAGUAACUUUGGCCCUCACAUGGAGCAACUCUACAAACAUCUUAGGGACAAGAACCACCGUUUCAUGGCCUUGGACUGUCUCCAUCGAGUUUUGAGGUUUUACUUGAGUGUUCAUGGGGAUUCCCAGCCGCCAAAUCGUGUGUGGGACUACCUAGACAGUGUGACCUCACAACUCCUAACUAUUCUCAAGAAGGGAAUGCUAACUCAGGAUGUCCAACAUGACAAACUUGUUGAAUUCUGUGUAACUAUAGCAGAACAUAACCUUGAUUUUACUGUAAACCAUAUGAUAUUGGAACUUCUUAAGCAAGAUAGUCCAAGUGAAGCUAAAGUUAUCGGUCUCCGUGCUUUACUUGCCAUUGUAAUGUCUCCUACAAGCCAGCAUGUUGGCUUGGAAAUUCUUCACGGUCAUGAUAUUGGCCACUACAUUCCAAAAGUGAAGGCUGCAAUUGAGUCAAUCCUGAGAUCUUGCCAUAGAAACUUUAGUCAGGCUCUUCUUACUUCUUCAAAGACCACCAUAGAUGCUGUAACCAAGGAAAAGUCUCAUGGAUAUCUUUUCCGAUCAGUGUUGAAGUGCAUACCUUAUCUGAUUGAGGAAGUUGGCCGAAGUGAUAAAAUCACUGAAAUAAUACCCCAACAUGGCAUAAGCAUUGAUCCUGGUGUUCGUGAGGAAGCAGUACAGGUAUUGAAUCGGAUUGUGAGAGACCUUCCUCAUCGCCGCUUUGCAGUUAUGAGGGGGAUGGCCAACUUCAUCUUACGGCUUCCUGAUGAAUUCCCUCUUCUCAUACAAACGUCAUUAGGACGCCUGUUGGACCUCAUGCGUUUCUGGAAAGCUUGUCUAUCUGAUGAUAGGCUAGAAGUUGAUGCUCAAGAAGCAAAGCUUGUGCAGAGAAAAGAGGGAGUUAAGAAGUCUUCUUUCCAUCAGGCUGGGGAAGCGCUUGAGUUUCGUGCAUCAGAGAUAGAUGCGGUUGGUCUUAUCUUUCUUAGUUCUGUGGAUAAUCAGAUCAGGCAUACAGCGUUGGAGUUACUGCGAUGUGUUCGUGCUUUAAGAAAUGAUAUACGGGACCUUUCUAGUCAUGAGCAGUCAGAUCGCAUUUUAAGAACUGAAGCUGAGCCAAUAUUUAUAAUUGAUGUUUUAGAAGAGAAUGGGGAUGAUAUUGUUCAGAGCUGCUAUUGGGAACCUGGCCGUUCAUUUGAUUUGAGAAGAGAAUCUGAUGCAGUUCCUCCAGAUGUGACACUUCAGUCCAUUCUAUUUGAGAAUCCUGAUAAGAACAGAUGGGCUCGAUGUCUUAGCGAGCUUGUCAAAUACGCUGCUGAGCUUUGCCCAAACUCUGUUCAUGAAGCAAAGUUAGAGGUUGUGCAGCGUCUUGCUCAUAUAACGCCCAUUGAGUUGGGUGGAAAGGCUCAUCAAUCACAAGAUGCAGACAACAAACUAGAUCAGUGGCUCAUGUAUGCAAUGUUUGCAUGCUCAUGUCCACCAGAUACUAGGGAAGCUGUUGGUUCAGCAACAACCAGAGACCUUUUCCGUCUAAUUUUCCCCUCUCUAAAAUCUGGAUCAGAAUCACAUAUACUACAUGCCACCAUGGCUCUUGGCCGCUCACAUCUGGAAAUAUGUGAAAUUAUGUUUGGCGAGCUUGCAUCUUUCAUUGAUGAGGUUUCUCAGGAAACCGAGAAACCAAAGUGGAAGAGUCAAAGGGCUCGUCGUGAAGAACUCCGGAUACACAUUGCAACUAUAUACCGUACCGUUGCUGAAAAUAUCUGGCCUGGCAUGCUAGGCCGUAAACCAGUUUUCCGCCUUCAUUAUUUGAAGUUUAUUGAAGAAACAACCAGGCAGAUCUUAACAGCGCCAGCUGAGAGCUUUCAAGAAAUGCAACCGCUCCGUUAUGCACUUGCUUCUGUUCUUAGAUCACUGGCCCCUGAAUUUGUUGAAUCUAAAUCAGAGAAAUUUGAUCUUAGAACUAGAAAGAGACUGUUUGAUCUUCUUUUGUCCUGGUCAGAUGACACUGGCAGUACUUGGAAUCAGGAUGGUGUAAGCGAUUACCGACGUGAAGUCGAACGUUACAAGUCCACUCAGCACAGUCGGUCAAAAGAUUCUAUUGACAAACUUUCAUUUGAUAAAGAAGUGAGUGAACAAGUUGAGGCAAUUCAGUGGGCAGCUGUGAAUGCUAUGGCUUCUUUGUUAUAUGGGCCUUGCUUUGAUGACAAUGCAAGAAAAAUGAGUGGUCGAGUAAUAUCUUGGAUUAACAGUUUAUUCAUCGAGCCUGCACCUAGGGCUCCAUUUGGUUAUUCUCCAGCUGAUCCAAGAACUCCUUCUUACUCCAAAUACACAGGAGAAGGUGGACGUGGAACUGGACGUGAUAGGCAUAAAGGUGGCCACCUUCGUGUUUCCCUUGCAAAAAUAGCUUUGAAAAAUCUUCUUCGUACAAAUUUGGACCUAUUUCCUUCCUGCAUUGAUCAGUGCUACUACUCUGAUGCUGCUAUCGCCGAUGGCUACUUUAGUGUACUAGCUGAAGUCUACAUGCGCCAAGAGAUUCCGAAAUGUGAAAUUCAGAGAUUGUUGAGUCUAAUCCUGUACAAGGUGGUGGACCCAUCGAGACAAAUCCGUGAUGAUGCUCUUCAGAUGCUUGAGACUCUCUCUGUCCGUGAAUGGGCUGAGGAUGGCAUUGAGGGUUCAGGAAGUUAUCGAGCUGCUGUUGUUGGCAACCUCCCUGAUUCCUACCAACAGUUCCAGUACAAGCUCUCAUCCAAACUUGCCAAAGAUCAUCCUGAGCUGAGCCAGCUCCUUUGUGAAGAGAUCAUGCAGAGGCAACUUGAUGCUGUUGAUAUAAUUGCUCAGCAUCAGGUUCUAACAUGCAUGGCUCCAUGGAUUGAGAAUCUUAAUUUCUGGAAACUCAAGGAUUCAGGUUGGAGUGAGAGAUUAUUGAAAAGCCUUUACUAUGUGACAUGGCGACAUGGUGACCAGUUCCCUGAUGAAAUUGAGAAGCUUUGGAGCACAAUCGCUAGCAAACCUAGGAAUAUUAGUCCCGUUUUGGAUUUCUUGAUCACAAAAGGGAUUGAAGAUUGUGAUUCAAAUGCAUCUGCAGAAAUAAGUGGUGCUUUUGCUACAUACUUUUCAGUUGCAAAAAGGGUAAGUUUAUAUUUAGCUAGGAUUUGUCCGCAACGUACAAUUGAUCACCUGGUUUACCAAUUGGCUCAGAGGAUGCUUGAGGAUAGUGUGGAACCAUUGAGGCCAAGUUCAAAUAAGGGUGAUGCAGGUGGAAAUAUUUUGGAAUUCUCUCAGGGCCCUAAUGCGGCCCAAAUUGCUUCUGUUGUUGACAGCCAGCCUCACAUGUCGCCGCUACUUGUACGAGGUUCCCUUGAUGGUCCGCUCAGGAACAGCAGUGGGAGCUUGAGCUGGAGAACAGCGGCUGUUGGCGGCCGAAGUGCCUCAGGGCCAUUGAGCCCAAUGCCUCCUGAGUUGAACAUUGUUCCUGUAGCUGCUGGCCGGUCGGGCCAGCUCCUUCCAGCUAUGGUAAACAUGUCUGGGCCAUUAAUGGGUGUCCGCAGUUCAACAGGGAGCUUGCGUAGUCGCCAUGUCUCUCGAGACAGUGGGGAUUACCUCAUUGACACUCCAAACUCAGGGGAAGAUGGUUUGCAUUCUGGGGUUGGAAUGCAUGGUGUUAGUGCUAAAGAACUUCAAUCAGCCCUACAAGGGCAUCAGCAACACUCACUCACUCAUGCAGACAUAGCAUUAAUUCUACUUGCAGAAAUUGCAUAUGAAAAUGAUGAGGAUUUUCGGGAGCAUUUACCUUUACUUUUUCAUGUCACAUUUGUCUCAAUGGACAGUUCGGAAGAUAUCGUGCUGGAGCAUUGCCAGCACCUGCUUGUUAAUCUGUUAUAUUCACUUGCAGGUCGUCACUUGGAGUUGUAUGAGGUGGAAAACAGUGACGGGGAGAACAAACAGCAGGUUGUGAGCCUUAUCAACUAUGUCCAAUCAAAGCGAGGGAGCAUGAUGUGGGAGAAUGAAGACCCCACAGUUGUUAGAACUGAGCUGCCAAGUGCAGCACUUUUAUCUGCCCUUGUUCAGAGUAUGGUGGAUGCGAUAUUUUUCCAAGGAGAUCUCCGGGAAACUUGGGGUGCUGAGGCACUCAAAUGGGCUAUGGAGUGCACAUCGAGACACCUUGCCUGCCGCUCGCACCAGAUUUAUCGUGCAUUGCGGCCCCAUGUAACGAGUGAUGCAUGUGUAUCACUCCUCCGAUGCCUCCACAGAUGCCUUGGAAAUCCAGUACCUGCAGUUUUAGGUUUUAUUAUGGAAAUUCUGUUGACAUUGCAAGUGAUGGUAGAGAAUAUGGAGCCAGAAAAGGUGAUUCUUUAUCCCCAGCUUUUCUGGGGAUGCGUAGCCAUGAUGCACACAGACUUCGUUCAUGUUUAUUGUCAGGUGCUUGAGCUCUUUUCUCGCGUGAUUGACCGUUUAUCAUUCCUGGACAGAACAACAGAGAACGUGCUCCUCUCAAGCAUGCCCCGGGAUGAGCUUGACACGAGUGUCUGUGACAGUGCUGAGUUUCAACGCAUGGAAUCAAGGAUGUGCGAGCCAUCACCAUCCAGUGGGAAAGUUCCUGCUUUUGAAGGAGUGCAGCCUCUUGUCCUUAAAGGGCUGAUGUCAAUUGCUAGUCACGGUGUCUCUAUUGAGGUUCUCUCACAGAUCACAGUGCACUCUUGUGAUUCAAUCUUUGGGGAUGCGGAAACACGUCUGUUGAUGCACAUCACAGGCUUACUUCCCUGGCUCUGCUUACAGCUUAGCCAAGAAUCAGUUGGUGGGGCUUCACCACUCCAACAGCAGUAUCAAAAGGCUUGCUCUGUUGCGGCCAACCUCGCAAUUUGGUGCCGUGCAAAAUCGUUAGAUGAACUAGCGACUGUAUUUGUGGCUUACUCCUGUGGUGAGAUAAAGAGUGUAGGCAACCUACUGGCUUGCGUCUCCCCACUAUUAUCCAACGAGUGGUUCCCAAAGCACUCAGCUCUUGCUUUUGGACACCUGCUACGGUUUCUUGAGAAAGGACCAUCUGAAUAUCAACGCGUGAUACUUCUCAUGCUUAAGGCAUUGCUCCAGCAUACUCCUAUGGAUGCUGCUCAGAGUCCCCAUAUGUACGCAAUUGUGUCACAGUUGGUGGAGAGCACUUUGUGUUGGGAGGCACUUAGCGUAUUGGAAGCCCUUUUACAGAGCUGUAGCUCCUUGACAGGGUCCCAGCCACAUGAUCCUGGGGCAUUUGAGAACGGACUUGGUGGGGCAGAUGACAAGAUGCUUGCUCCUCAGACUUCAUUCAAGGCUCGAAGUGGUCCUUUACAGUAUGCAAUGGGAUCAGGGUUUGGGGCAGGUUCCACACCGACUGCACAAGGCAGCACAACUGAUUCGGGAAUGUCACCUAGAGAAUUGGCUUUACAGAAUACCCGUCUGAUACUUGGUCGUGUGCUCGAUAACUGUGCACUUGGGAGGAGGAGAGAUUACAGAAGGCUGGUGCCUUUUGUGACCAGUAUUGGAAACACAUAACAUAUCCUUCUAGAUUGUCUUGCACAUAUGUUGGUAGAUGGAAUGACAGAAGUCUGAGAAGCUGGUUUUGCAAAUAGGCAUCUUAGAAUAGCAGUAUUUUGUUAAUUUGUAUAAUACGCUGCUUUGUAGUUAGUCUUUGGAAUGCAUCCUACCCAUGGAAAGUCAAUAUACUGUAGUGUGUAUGCUUUCUAGUUAAUUAAUCGCUUCGUUAUAUGUGCAAUUUCUAGUAGUGUUUAUGCUUUCUAGUUAAUUAAUCGCUUCGUUAUAUAAGCAAUUUCUAGUAUUGUUGUAAGCUGCAAAAAAAAAAAAAAGAAAAAGAAAAAAAAGGAUCACAUUCACUUGUCAUCUGGAACAAUGUCCCUUUAAUCUGCAAAUAAUUUUAUUAUAAUUUGUAAAAUGCUCGCCAUAAGGAUAGCUCCAGAUAGCAACAAUGGGACUGAGAAUCCAACUUAACUACAAAACUCACUUGCACGGGUUUUACUGUAAUUCAUUCAUGGGUUAUUAUUAAUUACAAAAUUCGUUACAUCUAUGCUCAUCUGAUGAUUUUGUGGGAACUCACAUCAGCAUAUGACAUGAUAUUAUAAGAUGGCAAAUAGAAAAGGUUCGCGCCUCGCAGGGUCUCAUCAAAUUUAAUUUUUCAUUGAGCAUUAUUAGAAAAUACGUAAAAAAAAAAAGAA